AUGAUGAACUUGCUUCUGGCCAAAGGGGCCAACAUCAACGCGUUUGACAAAAAGGAUCGAAGAGCGUUGCAUUGGGCAGCUUACAUGGGUCACUUGGAAGUUGUUGCGUUGCUGAUCAGUCACGGUGCGGAGGUUACCUCGAAGGAUAAGAAAGGGUACACGCCACUGCAUGCCGCUGCAUCCAAUGGUCAGAUCAGCGUAGUGAAACACCUCCUCAAUCUCGGGGUGGAGAUCGACGAGAUGAACAUCUACGGGAAUACUGCGCUCCAUAUUGCUUGCUACAAUGGUCAGGAUGCUGUGGCCAGUGAGCUGAUCGACUAUGGGGCUAACGUCAACCAGCCUAACAACAACGGGUUCACGCCUUUGCAUUUUGCGGCAGCUUCCACUCAUGGGGCCCUUUGUCUGGAACUGUUGGUGAACAAUGGGGCAGACGUCAAUAUCCAGAGUACAGAUGGGAAGAGUCCAUUGCACAUAACUGCUGUGCAUGGGAGAUUCACACGCUCACAAACCCUCAUUCAGAAUGGAGGUGAAAUCGACUGUGUCGAUAAGGAUGGCAAUACUCCUCUCCAUGUGGCUGCAAGAUACGGACACGAACUUUUGAUUAAUACCCUAAUAACCAAUGGAGCUGAUAGUGCCAGAUGUGGCAUUCACAACAUGUUCCCCCUACACCUGGCAGCACUCAAUGCUCACGCCGACUGCUGCCGGAAGCUGCUAUCAUCAGGACAAAAGUAUAGCGUAGUGUCCUUGUUUAGUAAUGAGCACGUGCUGUCUGCAGGCUUUGAAAUAGACACCCCCGAUAAAUUUGGAAGAACCUGCCUCCAUGCAGCGGCUGCCGGAGGUAAUGUUGAUUGUGUGAAACUCUUGCAGAGCAGUGGAGCAGAUUUCAAUAAAAAAGACAAAUGUGGAAGGACACCUUUGCACCACGCAGCUGCAAACUGUCAUUUCCAAUGUAUGGAGACGCUGGCUGCCAUGGGGGCCAACAUUAAUGAAACAGAUGACUGGGGACGGACAGCUUUACACUACGCUGCUGCUUCGGACAUGGACAGAAAGUGUCUAGAAUUCCUUCUACAAAAUGAGGCCAACCCAUCAAUCCAGGACAAAGACGGAUACAACACAGUUCACUAUGCAGCUGCUUAUGGACACAGGCAGUGUUUAGAACUGCUUCUAGAGAAAACCAGCAAUGUUUGGGAGGAAUCGGAUUCAACAGCUAUGAAAAGCCCUUUGCACUUGGCUGCCUAUAAUGGUCAUCAUCAAGCCUUGGAGGUGCUUUUCCAGUCCCUGGGAGAUCUGGAUACUAAGGACGAAAAGGGCCGCACAGCUCUGGAUCUGGCCGCUUUCAAAGGACACACUGAAUGUGUUGAAGCUCUCCUGAACCAGGGUGCAUCCAUCUUAGUGAAAGAUAACGUCACUCAACGCACUCCUCUUCAUGCCUCAGUCAUCAACGGACACACUCCAUGUUUACGGCUUUUAUUAGAAGUUACCGAUAACCCCGAUGUGACAGAUGCCAAAGGACAGACCCCACUGAUGCUGGCCGUGGCCUACGGGCAAAUAGACGCCGUGUCCUUGUUACUUGAAAAAGAAGCAUCUGUGGACAUGGCUGAUAUCCUGGGCUGCACUGCUUUGCAUCGAGGGAUCAUGACGGGGCACGAGGAAUGUGUCCAAAUGCUAUUGGAACAAGAUGCACGGAUUUUAUGUAAAGACGCCAGAGGCAGGACACCCCUGCAUUACGCGGCAGCUCGUGGUCACGCCACGUGGCUGAGUGAGUUAGUACAGCUGGCGCUUUCGGAAGAAGACUAUAAUUUUAAAGAUAAUCAGAAUUAUACCCCGUUGCACUGGGCUUCUUAUAAUGGCAAUGAAAGCUGCAUAGAGGUACUGCUGGAACAGAAACCUUUUCGAAACUUUAACGGGAACCCUUUCUCUCCAUUGCACUGCGCUGUAAUCAAUGAUCACGAAAAUUGUGCAUCGCUUCUCAUUGGGACCAUAGGUGCUGGCAUAGUAAAUUGCAAAGAUGACAAAGAGAGGACACCCCUUCAUGCAGCAGCCUUUUCCGAUCAUGUGGAAUGCUUGCAGCUUCUUUUAAGCCACAAUGCACAAGUAAAUGUUGCAGACAAUUCAGGGAAAACACCACUUAUGAUGGCAGCUGAAAACGGGCAUGUAGGUGCUGUAGAUUUUUUGGUGAACACCGCCCAGGCUGAUCUAACUUUGAAGGAUAAGGACUUGAAUACAUCCUUGCACUUGGCUAGCAGUAAAGGUCAUGAAAAAUGUGCCUUGUUGAUACUUGACAAGAUACAAGAACAGAGCCUUAUUAACGCAAAAAACAAUGCAUUACAGACGCCUCUUCAUAUUGCGGCACAGAAUGGCUUGAAGAUGGUGGUUGAGGAGUUACUGGCCAAAGGGGCAUGCGUACGAGCCAUCGACGGGAAUGGUCACACGCCAGCCCUGGCUUGCGCUCCUAACAAAGACGUGGCUGACUGUCUGGCACUCAUAUUGGCUACCAUGACGCCUUUUUCUCCUUCCAGCACUAUGAUGGGUCACAACUUCGCUUGUUUUAAAAAAGACAGCUUGAGCAGGACUCCACUCUGCAGUAGCUCCAGUAUGAGCAGCACCAAUAACUCCUACAAGAAACUGUUAAGAAACGAUGUAGGAGCAGAAAAUGGAUACAAUGAAAACGAUUCGGACUCUGAAACGUUUUAACUUUUAGCAUCCAACGCCUUUUCUUGGUUCCAUUGGGAUUUAAGUUGAUAUUUUACUCCCAAAUCCCAGAAUUGAUGGUUGAAUUUCCCCUUGUGGAUGGAAUGAUCACAAAACAGAAGGCAUACAGUUGCACAGCUUUUCAAAAAAGUAGAGGUUUUUCACUGGAAUGCAAUUUUGCUACGCUCCCUCCACUAUAUCAUCCUUUUCAUAGGCCUCAAAGUGUUCCAGUGGAAGUUUCUACCUCCUGUUUUAUGCAGAAAGACAAAACUGCCUUUUUCGUUUUUGACAGCACAAGUAAACAGGGAACUGCUGUGUGUGUGUAUGUGUAUAUACACACAUGCAUACAUACACACACACACACACACACAUAUAUACAUAUGUUAGCUAUAGUAUACUGUUAAAACGAAGACAUAUUUCCAGCAUGUUGUUCUCAGUUAAUAGGAACACAAAUUUGUCUUCACUUUUCUUGUCUAUUUUAUAGCUCUGUAGUCUCAUGUUUUUUAGGUAACUUUGUUAUUAUACAAACCAAAGGUACAAUCAUUUUUUCUUUAAAAAAAAAAGAGCUGCCGAAAUCACCACUUUCAAUGGAAAUUUAAACGUCUUCAUUUACCAUGUGUGAAGCACUUAAAUACACAAAAGGCACUUUUAAAAGGCAUUAAUUACAUCAUCCUUUUACCAGUUUGCAAAUGUUUAGAACCCAACCUGUUUGCCUCAGUCACCACACAAAGGCUUUAUGGGUAAGGUGGGCGUGGUUUGCCUUACAUUUCCUUACAUUUGGCACAAGCAUGCAUGAUUUAUUUGCACUCUACAGUUAAGGGUCCCUGGAACUUGAGUCACCUGUGCUUUCAGCCAAUGAACUAUUCUAAGGAAAGACAAAAGCCUAGAAAUUGAUACCAUUCAUAUACAUGUUUGAGAUUUGCCAAUCCAAACUAACUUUUUUUUUAACUCUAGGAUUUCUACACUGAAGUAUGUUUUUAUCGUGAAUGUUACCCACUUUUAAACAUCUGCAAAAUCUAUGAAAUCAGUAUUCUCUGUAAUUACUAUCGUUGUCCUAAGGUGUACACAGCAGAUGAGCCCAAAACAUGCAAAUCAUGAGGAAGUACAUAAAGGGGAUUGUGAUGUACUUAAAAAGGCCAGCUGGCAUCUGCUGUCUUAUUAAACAUCCACAUUAUGAAUCUAUCUACUCCUUCUGCCAAAGCUUCUAGGUCAAAUGGACCCUGUCCCUCACCUGAGAAAGAUGCAUGGAACGAAGAAUAAGACUUUAAAAGACAGAGAACUAACCAGCUACUAUAUCAUGAGGACCAAAUGGCAUCAGUCUCUUAUACGGGAAGACUUUUGUUCUUUUUUCACCAGGGCAAGUGAAAAAAAAACUUUUCUAAACACCACACACAAAGAGUUUUAUGUAAUGAAGAGUCUUGGCUGUAUUGUACACUUUAAGACACAAAUUUCUAGUAGACUUUUGGACAUUUGUAACUGAUGAUAAUGUGUUGAUCACAGCUUAUUUUUCCAGGCUAGCAAAUGUUCCUAUACUUUUACUGUUAAGUGUGUUUAUAUUUAUUUAAAAUGAAACAAGUGCCCAGAAAAAAAAUAAGAUGACCUUGGUUUGUUCUUCUCCUUUUUAGUUUUUGAUUGCAUCUGUCUUCUUAUCUCUGAAUCUCGAUAAGCUUAAUAGCUUGGGUCUGACAGAUGAAACGGGCACACGACAUAGCCGCUGUUUCCAGUUCUUAUACUGCAAGUUGGAUGGUGAUGUGAAAAUAAGACUCUGCCCCUGGCCACCUGGGAUGGGAAGCGUGGGUGUUUGCUUCAUGCUUCGUGGUCCUCUGGCCAUGCCAGAGGGGGCAGCCCAGGCAAUUUGUGCUGGAUUUAACCCCUUGGCAAGGAAAGGGUGUUCCAUACUUGGUUCAAAACUAAAAGAGAACUGGGGAGAACCUCCCGCCAGCCCUGCUUGAAGCUAGCUGGAUUUUAGAUACAUCCACCAAUUAGACUGAAAAGAAAAAAAAACUUGUCAGAGUGAGAUGGUUUUUUUAGCCAUCCUGAGUCUCACACAGCUUCUCCCUUCUAGCCAGCCUCUUCGGUGCCGGGUUGUCUAUUCUACAUUUUGUAGCUGGGUACAGAACUCAUGUGUUUACUACAUGGGGGACAGGGUCAGUUCUUAAAGGUACGAGUGUAUAUAAAUUGCCACUGUUCCCUUAUAAAUACGCACAAACAGGAAUGAUAUUUUCCCCAUUCAUCCUUACUUGGGUUUUUGAAGGAAAAAAGGCAAUAUAUGUGCAUACAUGCAUACCCUGCACAGCUGGCACAAAGAAAAUACGUAUUUUGUAGAAAAUGCAUAGUGUGGGAAGUUUUCCUGAGUUAUGGAUCUGGUCCACAUAAAGAUCCUGGACUCUAAGCUAUGGAACGCAUAUGCUUCAAUAAAACCAGUCCAGUGGUCCUCGUCUUUUCCAGUCUUGGGGUUCACUUCCAGUGCCUAGGUGGCAGCAGCAGCAUGGGACUCACUGAGCAGCAAGCACACAUGACAGGAAGUCAAAUGUCAUCAGAGUUUCAUAACAGGAAGAGGUAGAGCCAGGGUUGUGACCUCAUUGGAGUGGAGGACUGUUCUGUGCUGCAAGCCUGCAUGGAAUAUUGCAUGGCCAACUAGCAAGGGGUUUCUGGAUCUUCCUGUGCUAGAAAGAAUUCUCUCCGCUGUUGAGUGAGCUCACCUUCUAGUCCUGCUGGCCCUCUCAGGAAGCAGAAACAGGCAGGAAGAAUGAAACCUCAUGCAGGUAGCAAGCCCUUUUGAUGGCAUCUAAAAAUAAGGGCUCUAGAGGAGCACAUCAUUCAGUAGCUGGAGUUCCAUGACCUGCCAGAAGUUCCCAACACAUGGUUUGUCUUUAAGAUGCCACAAAACAUCUUGUUUUCAGAAGGACCCUGAGAAGAGUUACGGAUUGCACAGUCCUGCAGCACAGUCCUCACUGCCAAGCUGUGAUAAAUCUGUGAUAGCAAGAAGCAAUCACAGGCUCAUCAAAUAGCCAGCAAGUUUUGUGGAGGCACAGCAGCCCCGUGCUAGGGCUGCUUCUGAAAAAUGUGAAAACGCCACAGGGAGCUGGAAUGUAACUAUACCCUUUCACAGACGGUGGGGGUGACCUUCACCUAAACUGAUGGUUCAAACUGAAGUGAAGGGCUGAAAUCUACUACUUUAAAUCCUGUGGGACGCAUGUCAUUCUGAGAGCUUCAUUACUCAUCUAUCAACAGUAUUCCAUUGGUGAAAUCCAUGUGACACAUUCUCAUUUUCAUCAGAAAACAAAUGCAGCCAUAACUGCUGUGAGAACAUCUAAAACACCCAACAGUAGCCAAUUUCAUUAAUACUGUGUGUUAAGAGUAGGGCCAGAGAAGAACAUAGAUAACUGAGGAGAAAAAAUCUAAUUGACGGCCACCUGGUAACAUUAUGGUGUUGCUAUCUACUGUAUUUUACCUAGCUGUUUGGGAUCAGAAGGUGGGUGGGUGGGUUGUUAAAUGGGACAUUUCCAAAGCUUGAAACUGAAAUGGAAAACCUCUUGGGCUACGGACUGUAAAAGAUUAGCAUUUCUUCUUUUUCUGUGUUGGCUACACUGGGAAAAAUGAGCAUCAAAAUUGUGGUGUUUUCUUUCCUAUUUGUACUGCACUCCCCCCCCCCCCGAAACAUUCAUUUGAGAAAAUUGCUGAAGAUCAAUAACUAAUUGAAAUGGGGUAGAACUAAUGUGUCUAUGUUGAACAUAGCAGAAAUCCCUCACUUAUUUCUACAUUGAAUCUUUUUUUAAAACACACACACACACAAAGGAAAAAGCAGGGAAUGUUUCUUCACUGAAGAUUAAAUUAACUCAUAUCUUUUUAGAGAUAAUAUUUCAAGUAGUCAUUGUUUACGGACUGCUGUCUUUCCACGUUAGCUAUUUGACAGUGAUGUCUCAUAUCCACAUAUCCCACAAAUGGCUGGGAAUACUUCUGGGUUGUUUAUUUUCUUGAAACCUGUAGUCAGUCUAUGCAUACUUACUUGGGACAGCUUCCAAAAACACAUGCUUAGGACUGCGCAUGCCAUUAGGAUGCUGCAAAGGAGGCUUCAAAAUAGUUUUAUCACGGAAGUUACCGUGCAAUCCACAACAAUUAAAAUGAGACGUUUGCAGUCAACUUCAGCGGCAUGUGCAUCGCACUCUAAAUGUUCUCUUUUCGAACUGGCAAUACUGUUUUGUAGCAGACAAAGUUCUAUUUCUAAAUUAUAGCAAAUACCAAGGUUUGGUUGGUCCGUUUGGUAAACUUUUUCCUUUAUUAGACGCUAAGCGCUUUUGCUCAUUGAAAGCUAGUAGGAUUUUGCUUCUGAAUAACUGUCUUUAGAACUGAAAAGCAUCACCCUGAUAAAGAUUCAUAAUGCAUAAUGCAUCCUUUUACACUCUAGUUCCUGCCUUGGCAACUGGGUUUAAUAUCAGCGAAACUUCAAUUGCAGGGUUAUAAUGCAUGGAAUGUAUCGCUUGUUGGUUUCUGUUGUUUCAACUGUUAAGAUGAACUAGCUCAGGGGAUUUCUGUUUAUCACUACUAAAAGGGCACUGUAGUAUGUUUGGUACUGCUUGCAGCAAACGUAUGCUGCAUUGGACUAUGACUUAUAACCAAUACGUAAAAAUUAGGGUUUUUUUCCUGGUCUGUUCUUGUUUAGCAACUUGAUAACAUAUCUGGGUUUCAUUGUGUAAGAAACUUUUAGAGUGCCUUUUAUAUUUGUGUAUGCUGGGUUUGUAUUAUAUGUCUUUCUUUCACUAGAGUGAUACUGAAGCAAUAUAAUACCUGUACAUUUUCAUUUCAAACCUUUAUUUGAAUGUGUUUUUUUAAAAAACAAACAUUCUGCUUGUAUUAACAUGAAAAUUGAUAUGUUAAAUUUGUAUAGGAAUUGGGCAGAAUUUUUUUGCAGUGCUGGAAACAUUUUCUUAUUACACAAAGCAAACUUUAGGUCAUUGUUAUUGGGAAGAGUGUUUUAAAAUGGUGACAAUCUUGAGUGUGUAUAAAAUACAAUUAUGUGGGUUUGUUAUGCAGUGAUAUACAUAUUAAAAAGCCAAUAUCUAAUGUUUUUGUAGUUUUGUCUUUAUAUUUUAUGCUUUUAGCAUGUGCAAUAUAUCUUUACAAACCACAGUGACAUGAAUCUGGUGCCAGUGUUACAUUUUGUAUGAAAUGUUUGUAAUAAACUAUAUGAAAUAUUGUUGAAUGGUUUCGGUGGGUUUGUUGCUAACUUUUUAAUGUAAACUGAAGUUUAAUGACCUAACAUUGAAGUUAAAUGGGCUGGUUGAACAAAUGGGAAUGAGAGGUUAAUGUGGACCCCAGCCUGAAUUUGUCUGAGCACAAGAAUCUUUUUCAACUACUGAAUGCUGAGUUAAUUGUAAUGGAGUAUCCCAACUGCAAAUUAAUAUGGAAAUGCAUUCAGAUGGAUAUUUUUACAAAUAAAUGAUACAAGUAUUGUGGCAAAA